AGUUUUAUGGGCUGUAAUUUUUACGGCACCGAUUGAACAAGAAAGAAAUGACAUCUAAGUUUUUAAAGGUGGCAUGGCAGGGUCGAGGUUUUUUGCAGAAGACUGCAAGCAGACUGCAUGGUGUGAGACAGGCGGGUGUUCUGACACCACAGCUUCAGAUCAGUCCAGAAAAUCUUGUGUCACCUCCAGUUGAUCUGUUCACAGAGGAAGAACAAAUGAUGAAAGAUACAGUUGCUAGGUUUGCUGCUGAGAAGAUUCAGCCAUUGGUUAGAAAGAUGGAUGCUGAGAGUAAGAUGGACCAGUCAAUAAUUGAUGGCAUGUUUCAGAAUGGGCUGUUUGGCAUAGAGAUUGACUCAGAAUAUGGUGGAACAAACUCUACUUUUGUUGUUGCUAACCUGGUUAUUGAAGAGCUUGCCAAAGUUGACCCAUCAGUUAGUGUGAUGUGUGAUGUCCACAAUACAUUGCUAGUUACUUUGAUGCGUCAGCUAGGCACAAAAGAACAGAAAGAAAAAUACCUGCCCAGAAUGGCAUCCAAUACGAUGGCAAGUUUUUGUCUGUCGGAAGCUGAUUCGGGAACUGAUGCAUUUGCUAUGAAAAUGUCUGCAGUCAAACAAGGAGACCAUUACAUCCUGAAUGGUACUAAACUUUGGAUCACAAACGCUGAACACGCUGGCGUCUUUUUUGUUUUCGCCAAUGCUAAACCUACAGCUGGAUACAAAGGGAUUACCUGUUUCAUCGUAGAUGCAGACUCGGAAGGCUUGACUGUUGGAAAGAAAGAGGACAAGCUAGGUAUCCGUGCUUCAAGCACGUGCCCAGUGCAUUUUGAGAAUGUUAAGGUACCAGAGUGCAACAUUCUUGGGGAGUUUGGAAAAGGCUACAAAUACUGUAUUGAAGUCUUGAAUGAAGGCAGGAUUGGUAUUGGGGCACAGAUGCUUGGGCUGGCCGAAGGAUGUUUCAAUGCUACAGUACCUUAUACCAGGGAAAGGAAACAGUUUGGAAAAAGAAUAUGUGAUUUUCAGGCAAUGCAGCACCAGAUAGCCUAUGUUGCAACACAGAUAGAGGCGGCACGGUUACUCAUCUACAACGCUGCAAGGAAACGUGAAGCUGGAAUGCCUGUCAUCAAGGAAGGAGCAAUGGCCAAAUACUAUGCCUCUGAGGUUGCGGCACUGACAACAACAAAAUGUAUAGAAUGGAUGGGCGGUGUAGGUUUCACUAAGGACUACCCUGUGGAAAAGUUCUACAGAGACUGCAAGAUAGGUGCCAUUUACGAGGGAACAUCUAACAUUCAGAUGAACACAAUAUUUAAGUGUUUGGAGCAAGAGGCUGAGUCAUGAUGUCAGUAUUCACAUGGUUGUCAUGGAAACAAAUAGCAGAUUUACAGACAGUAGCUAAUGGUGUGAACCUUGAAUCUCAUUAUACAGAUGUAAUCAUCAUAUGUCAAGUAAUACAUUGUCAGAGAGAUUUCACAGUAUGUUAGUGAGAGAGGGCUUCAACAGUUGCUGAACAGAACUAAUGAAUAAAAUGAUACAGACUGCAAAGACGAACAAAGAAGGACAUGAUCAAAGGUUAUAAAAUUGAAAUUGAAGACCAGUCACAGAAUUCCUGAUGAUUAGUGUUUCAUUAUUAAGUUAUCCAAUGGCAAGUCCAUUUGCAAGUUUAUCAUCUUAGACAGCUCUCAAACCACGAGAUGUCUGAUUACAAUGAAAUGUUACCCAAACAGUCUCAAACUCAAGUAUUGUGUGCUUUUUUUGUCAGUGAUUAAUGUCAAAUGGCAAUGUUGUAUUGUUAGACAGAUCUCCAAACUGCUUAAUAAACAGUUGAGAUGAUAAGUAACUACCUCAGCAACUGGCUUUUUACGUUUUCAGACAGGAAAAUAUGGCUUCCUCAAAUAUCAAUAGCACGAGUAUCCAAGCUAACACAAGCAAUUGAAUUUAUAAUUGUUUCCUUAUAUUUUCUUUAUUUAUUAUACCUCAGCUGUGUUGAGCUGCAAUAAUUAGAUUGAUAGAGUUUGAUGCACAGUAGUGGUGAAAGUAAAUCAGCUAAUAUAAAAUUUCCACUUGUUAUGAAAAUCAUGUGAUAUUCUGUCUAAUUAUGUAAAUGUUUGUUUGUCAGUAUAUUUGAGAUGAUAAUGAGAUUAUUUAUUGAUGAAAGGUUAACCAUUAACUUGCUAAAUUUUAAAAAUGGACUGAUCCAUCAUUCAAUUUGGACAGUACCAUUUAUUAUUCGAAGGGGUGUUCACUGAAAAUUUACUGACUGAAUAGUUAACAGUGCAGAUCAUGAUCAGACUGCAUGGAUGUGCAGGCUGAUCAUGAUCUACACUGGUCGCAAAGGCAAAAUCAAUUGCCGCCAGCUAGCUAAAGGUUAAAGAAGAUGUUCUUUUGCUGGAUUAUUGAAACAAAACUAAAAACAUCAAGAGAAAAAAAUAAUGCAAUCUGAAUUUGACAAAAUAUAAGUGAGUUAGAAUAGGUCUCAAGGCUUCUGCAUGCACUUAAAAGUUAUGAAAGGCAAUAUUGUUUAUUGGUAAGAUAUUGGAGAAAAUAAAAUGUUAACGAAUUUGUUCAUGUUAAAUAAAGGAAUUUAUAAUUAUACUUGCUCAAUAUUAAAAGCCUUUUCGUAAAACUGGGACAAAUUACAGAAUGUUUUAUUAUUUGAAAAUGUUGCAAGUGUUGUUUUAUUUUUCAUAGCAAUAGAACAUGUGAACUUAAAUUUCCAGGGUAACUGUAAAAUCUUUUAAUUUCAUGGGCAUGAAAUUUCGUGGUUUUGAUCGAAACAGCAAUUUUGUGGGGAUAUGAAUUCGAGGAAUUCAACUUUUGAACAUAAAAUGAAUGGAAUUUACUUGUUUAUUGGGAUUAAAUCUCAUGGAUUGACUCAACCAUGAAAUCCACGAAAUUAGUCCCCCCAAGAAUAUUAAUGAUUUUGCAGUAGUUGACCUAUAUACCUAUAUUUGUUGGUAAAUGGAUGGCCCACAAUCCUGGACAAGUGAAGCAUUUCACUUACCCUUGCAUACUCUGAACACUCAGAGUUUUACUGCAGUCUCAACUGAAGAAGACUGCUUUUCUGAAGUUUUUAUAUACAGUCUAUUAGAAAAGUAAGGACAUUAUGGCUCAUAAUGCCAUUGUUUAAAAUGUAGCUGCCACAUUUUCUUUUUUGAACAUAAAAUACAUUAAUUUCUUGUUAAAAUCCUGUUUCUGAUAAUUACUUUCUGUAACAUUUAUCAAAGGUUCGAAUAUUGCUAAAUAUUCUAGAAUGUUUUAUUGAAUCUAUUGUUUUUUAAUUACCUCCCUUUAUGGCUUUUACUAUAACAGUUCAUGUGCAGUGUUAAAAGUAGUGCUUUUCUUACCAUGUAAGUACACAUAACAUCUAUUUGGAAAGCUGUUUCAACUGGUUUUUAGUUAAAAAUUUAAAGUAUUAUGGACCUUUAAACAGGUGCCUACGUAAAUGAUACGAAUGAUAUCUUACAUUUGAAUGGGAUAAUACAUAUAAAUGUUGUUAAAACUUAAGAAGACAGCUCGUGCAGUGUCGUUCAAACAAUAUCUACUGCUUAAAAAAAUUAACAUUACCAUGUUUUUUCUCUGAACAGAAAACAGUAAUUAUUGUUUGUAUAUUUUAAUGAGGAAAAGAAUUUUGUAAAUAUUGUUUUAUGCUAAUUUGCUGUUUUUAACAUUUAUGACUAGAUCACUUUUCUGUUGAAACAUUUAUUCAUUUAUAGAGUUUCUAAUCAUCGAAAGAAUGUUUGUUUUGUAUAUCUAUCAGAAUAAUUAUGUCUCCCCCAGGAGACAUAUUGUUUUUGCCCUGUCCGUCCGUCCGUCCGUACGUCACACUUCAUUUCCGAGCAAUAACUGGAGAACCAUUUGACCUAGAACCUUCAAACUUCAUAGGAUUGUAGGGCUGCUGGAGUAGACGACCCCUAUUGUUUUUGGGGUCACUCCGUCAAAGGUCAAGGUCACAGGGGCCUGAACAUUGAAAACCAUUUCCGAUCAAUAACUAGAAAACCACUUGACCCAGAAUGUUGAAACUUCAUAGGAUGAUUGGCCAUGAAGAGUAGAUGACCCCUUUUGAUUUUGGGGUCACUCCGUCAAAGGUCAAGGUCACGGGGGCCUGAACAUUGAAAACCAUUUCCGAUCAAUAACUAGAGAACCACUCGACCCAGAAUGUUGAAACUUCAUAGGAUGAUUUGUCAUGAAGAGUAGAUGACCCCUAUUGAUUUUGGGGUCACUCCGUCAAAGGUCAAGGUCACAGGGGCCUGAACAUUGAAAACCAUUUCCGAUCAAUAGCUAGAGAACCACUUGACCAAGAAUGUUGAAACUUCAUAGGAUGAUUGGUCAUAAAGAGUAGAUGACCCCUAUUGAUUUUGGAGUCACUCCAUUAAAGGUCAAGGUCACAGGGGCCUGAACAUUGAAAACCAUUUCCGAUCAAUAACUAGAGAACCACUUGACCCAGAAUGUUGAAACUUCAUAGGAUGAUUGUACAUGCAAAGUAGAUGACCCCUAUCGAUUUUGGGGUCACUCCAUUAAAGGUCAAGGUCACAGGGCCUGACCAUUGAAAACCAUUUCCGGUCAGUAACUUGAGAACCACUUGACCCAGAUUGUUGAAACUUCAUAGGAUGAUUUGUCAUGAAGAGUAGAUGACCCCUAACGACUUUAGGGUCACUCUGUGAAAGGUCAAGGUCACAGGGGCCUGAACAUGGAAAACCAUUUCCGGUCAGUAACUUGAGAACCACUUGACCCAGUAUGAUGAAACUUCAUAGGAUGAUUGGUCAUGCAGAGUAGAAGACCCCUAACGAUUUUAGGGUCACUCUGUUAAAGGUCAAGGCCACAGGGGCCUGAACAUGGAAAACCAUUUCCAAUCAAUAACUUGAAAACCUCUCGACCCAGAAUGUUGAAACUUCAUAGGAUGAUUGUUCAUGCAGAGUAAAUGACCCCUAUUGUUUUUGGGGUCACUCCGUUAAAGGUCAAGGUCACAGGGGCCUGAACAUUGAUAACCAGUUCGAUCAAUAACUUGAGAACCACUUGACCCAGAAUGUUGAAACUUCAUAGGAUGAUUGAACAUGCAGAGUAGAUGACCCCUAUCGAUUUUGGGGUCAGUCUAUUAAAGGUCAAGGUCACAGUGGCCUGUUCAUGUAAAAUCAUUUUUUGGAAAUAACUUGAGAACCACUUGACCUACAAUGUUGAAACUUAAUAGGAUGAUUGGACAUGCAGAGUAGAUGACCCCUUUUUAUUUUGAGGUCACUUGAUCAAAGGUCAAGGUCACAGGAGCCUGAACAGUGACUGGAGAACCACUAGGCCAAGAGUGUUGAAAUUUAGCGGGAUGACAGGACAUGCCAAGUAGAUAAUCCCUAUUGCAGCCAACCAUCAGUGUCUCAUAGACUUUCGCUCCUGACCUCUAUUGACUUCUUGCCUAUAGGACUUUGCAUUGGGGGAGACAUGCGCUUUUUUACAAAAGCAUUUUCUAGUUUCCCUUUUCAUUUUAAUGUAUCUUAACCAGUAGGAAGUUUUGUAUUGAUUUUAAAUACUUCCAGACUCAUUCAACAUGUUUUUGUUACGAUAAUAGCUUGUAAAAAAAUGUACAGUAUGAAUAGUAAACAAAUGUGUUUUUUUUUUUCAAGUAUAUGGUUUUAUUUGUUAUGAAGAGCACCUGUUAAUGUGAUAUGUUCUUUAUAUACAUUAUCCAUAAUAUUAAGGCAUUGUUUGUUUUUAGCUCACCUAAGCACAUGGUGUUCAAAGUGAGCUAUUGAGAUCAUCCUGCUUCCGUUAUUGUCUGUACUGCAUCUGUGUCAAGUUUAUAAUUUGGUUAUCUUGUUUACUCAGGUGAGCCAUACAGGGCCUUAAUUGCCCUCUUGUGUUAGAACUUUCAGUGUUGCUUUUAAAUGAUAUAUAUCAUUUGAUGUCAAGUUAAGUGUGUGAUAAAAUCAAAUCUACAAUUCACUAAUAAUUUGUUACUUUUAACCUCCAGAAAAUUCUGAGAGUAGCUGUAAAAGGAUAGAAAUUUAGUUAAGAGUCGGAAAUUUCAAAAUGUAUACAUAUGUGUAGUAAAUCCCUAAACAUGACUAUGUGUAUACAUAUGUGUAGUGAUUACAUAAACAUGAUGAUAUGUAUGCAUGUGUAGUAAAUCCUUAAAAAUGAUAACUUGUAUGCAUAUGUGUAGUAAAUCCCUAAACAUGAUAAUAUCUAAAUGUAUGCGUAGUAAAUCCCUAAACAUGAUAAUGUGUAUACAUAUGUUUAGUUCAAAAAAAUAAGUUCAUUACAUUACAAGUAAAUCCAUCAAGACUUAAUGACAAACUUAGGGUUUGCAAGUGUUGUAAGAAGACUAGGUUAAAAUCAUAAAAUUGCAAACCUCUGAAUUUUAACACAACUUAUGAUACUUAUGGAAGCUGCAAGUAUGAAAUUUCAACCUCAGUUAUCAGUACAGACAAGGUCAUAAGAUAACUUACAACUCGGAUACAGACUUGUGGAGGUUGUGACCUGUAAAUUACACAUAAAGUGUAGAAAAGCAAUAAUCCCCUGCAUUAUAUUAACUGGAAUACCAUGAACAUUUAACCCUUACCCUGCUAAAUUUCUAUAAUGAACUAGUCCAUCUUUCAAUUUGGACAGUACCAUUAACUGUUAUAAGGGAUGCUUACCAAAAGAUACUGACUGAAUGGGGAACAGUGCAAAUCAUGAUCAGACUGCAAGGCUGAUCUUGAUCUACACUGGCCAUAAAGGCAGACUCACUUGUCGCCAGCAGACUAAGGUUUGGCUAAAGUGUCAUUAAUAUGGUUGAGUGCCAAUAUCUAGUUGAUUGUUGAGUUUUGGAAAUGAAAGGUGAAGUUCUCCAUAACCUUGAGACAGAAAAAAAGAUUUCUUAGAAAUAUUUACAUAACACACCUUAAAAGUACACAAGCUGUCACAAGUGUUAUUAAUCAAUAUUGUCUUUAAUAUGUACAAAUGCACAUGUGCUAACAGCAGGAUUUUGCAAUAUAUUUUAGCUCACCUGAAACAAAAAAUAGAUGCUCAUGUUCACUUGAAGCAGAAGUUCAGGGUAAGUUACUGUAUAGAUGAAUAGUCUGGUGUUUGCCAUUGACUGUCCAUCAUCAAUAUAAUUGAGCCACACCAUGAGAAAACCAACAUAGUGCAUUUGCGACCAGCAUGGAUCAAGACCAGCCUGCGCAGUCUGAUCAGGAUCUAUGCUGUUCGCUUUCAAAGCCUACUGCAACAAUGAGAAAAACCAUUAGCGGAUGCGCAGGCUGGUCUGGAUUAAUGCCAGUCGCAAAUGCACUAUGUUGGUUUUUUCUCAUGGUGCAGUUUAUUACUGUUGAUAAUUUAGAUGUCACAAAUUUGGGUUUGCCUUCAUAAUAUGUCUUAUUGUUUCAGCAGCUAGGAUAAAAAAUCUAACAUAAAAAUUUCAAGACAGACAAAACUCUCACUAAAAACCCAGGCGGACAUUACUCCACACAUCAGUUUGCAUAUUAAGUAGGACAAAACAGGAGUUUUGUCAAAUUGUCUCCUACAUGCUACUUUGUAACCUCAACAACUUGGCCAGUUUCUGAAUGUUUGUCUUCUUAAAUCGAGAUCAAGUUUGAAACUGGGUCACCUGGAGUCAAGAACUGGGUCGCUAAAUUGGUUCAUAGAAAAUAAGCAAAUUCAAUGUAUUAUUUUACAUGUAUGUCUGGUCUUGGUUAAGUUUCUAAAUUAAAUGUCAUUGCUGAUAUUGGUCACAGAAAUAAAUACUCCGAACAGCUGUAAAAAUGCAUCACUUCUAGACUUACUGUGAGUAUUUGAAAAAAUAUUUUCCAUAAACAAAUAUUAAACAUAAACCUGUUACAUUUUA